GUUGCUAAGACCUGACAGUAAAACGCCUUAACGCUUGUGUGUAGUUAAUAUGUCAGUCUUUUCUCGACAGGCUCAGAGAAUAUUUCUCUUACGUAUCUGUUGGGUCGCUGCGAUUAUAUCCAGCAGUAGCUCACAGUUCGGAACGUAAUUAGCUUCCAUUAGAAGAAUGAAUGGAUUACUAUGUGGAGCUAAAGUAGUUGAUAGCAGAGACUUAACCAGUGUUUUAAUGAUGAAGUAUUUAAAGCUGAUGUUUUAAAACCGCAAAAGGGACAGUGGACUCAGAGCUACUGACCAAGGUAUCAGACUCGCUUACCUUGUUUUGUAAGCUCUUCUACGGCUUACAAUCAACGUUACACUUUAUUUGACCGGUAGCUGAUUCGGGUCUUAUUGAGGUUUCAUGGAAAUGUAAAAACACAACAUGAAGGCCAGAUGGCUGAAACCUUGACAUGCUUAAAAAUGAAGGUUACUGACAAAAGAUUGUAAAAAAGGAGAAGUCAAGUGCAGUGAGGAUGACCGAGAUGAUGAAGAUUGAAGCAGAGGAACCAGGAGGGUUCAGCUUGGAGGCCCCCAUACCUGCAGCAUCCACAUCACAACUGGAGGAGGAAACACUAAACAACAAAGAUCUCAUCCACCAGAUGUUGGUGAUUAAAGUGGUUCCUCAGGACUGGAGCCCCAGUUUGGAUCAUCAGGAUCCAGAAACCUUCCACAUAAAGGAGGAAGACGAAGAACUGUGGAUCAGUCAGGAGGAGGAGCAGCAUGCUGUGAAGACUGAAAGUGAAGAGAAAGUUGAGCUGCCUCAAAUCAAAACUGAAGAGAUCAGAGAGACAGAAACUUUAAGCAGCACCUUGACUGAACAGAGGAAAACAGAACCAGGUGGAGAGGGCCGUGGAGGAUUAGAACCAGACUGGAGCCGAGAUUCAGUAGGUUAUUUCCAAAAAAAUAAGGUGACGGUUGAAGGUAGAUGUAUGGCAGCCAAACUGUCUUCCAGUGUUCCUCCUAGGCAAAAGGUGCACACAGGAGAGAAGCCAUUUGGUUGCAGUAUUUGUGGAAAAAGAUUCAAACUGAAGACAAAUGUUAAGUUACACCUGAUGAUUCACACUGGAAUGAGAGAGCAUAGGUGUGAUCUUUGUGGGAAGGGAUUUAAAGAAAAACUUUCUCUUAAGACUCAUAUGCGAGUCCACACCGGAGAGACUCCAUUUUCCUGUCAAGAUUGUGGGAGGAGAUUCCACGCCAAAAGAAAUCUGAACAUUCACUUGAAGCUCCAUUCUGGAGGAAAAGCGUUUUGUUGUGAUGUCUGUGGUGCAAGAUUUAAGGUAAAGGAAAGUCUUAAAAAGCACAUGUGGAUCCACACUGAAGAGAGACCUUUUGUAUGUAGUGUUUGCAAUAAAAGUUUUUCACAACAAAAUAUUCUAAAGAGACACAUGCUUAUUCACACAGGACAGAAACACUAUAUUUGUAGUGUUUGUAGUAAAGGAUUUUUGCGACAAGGGGAUCUAAAGAGUCAUAUGCGUGUUCAUACGGGAGACAAACCAUUUACUUGUAGUGUUUGUAAUAAAGGAUUUUCACAACAAGUGUAUUUGAGAAGGCAUCUGGACAGUCACAAUGCACAAUUUAGCUGUGGAAAUUGUGGCAAGUGUUUUGUGAAGGAAACCCAGUUAAAGCGACAUGCGAGGCUGCACACAGAGGAGAGGCCAUUUGGUUGUGGUGUCUGUAAAAGCAGGUUUAUUCAAAGGAAUCAUCUUGAAAACCACAUGAGAGUCCAUUCAGGAGAGAAACAGUUUGUUUGUCAUGUCUGCAACAAAGGAUUUUCCUUGCACGGAGACCUGAAGAGACACUCGCGCGUUCACACGGGAGAGAAACCGUUUGUUUGUAGUGUUUGCAGUCAGAGAUUUUCACGACCAGCAUAUCUGAGAAAACACAUGGAUAUUCACACUUUACCUUUUAAAAGCUUUAGUGGUUGUAGUUAACUUUUCAUGAAGGAAUUCGAGAUGAAGAUUCAAGACAGAGAAACCUUUUGGUUGUGAUGUUUGUAAAAGCAGAUUUAGUAU